AUGGCGCGAGCCUCAAACACACCAACCCCGUCCGAUGACCGGACCCUCGUUGCGGAAGCUCACGACGACGACGAUGCGUCCUCGACUAUCAGCCGAUUCAGCUCAAGGUCCUCCUUUGAUUCUCAGACGCCACCGAGACGGAAACGACCAAGCCGCCGGGCGGCUACCACUCUUCGAGCCAUCUCCUUCGUCGCCGCGUUGAUUUCGGCCCUCUGCGCUGGCUCAAUCACCGUCUUCUCCAUGUACGGUCACAUUUUCCAGGAACGGCUACAUUACACCCAGUUCCAGGUCAAUGGACUCGCCAUUAGCAGCUCCAUCGCUCUCUACCUCCCUGUUUCGUUCCUAGGCUACAUCUGCGACCGCGUCGGCACCCCACCCCUCUCACUCCUGGCCGCUGUACUCUUCAGCGGCGGCUAUGCCAUAGCUGCGGGAACAUACCGGAAGCUCGAGGCGGAAAACCUGGGUGGACUGCGCGACUAUGCCGGAAGGCGCCUCGCUGGCGGUUCCGACUGGACGUACCCGCUGAUGAUCUUCGCCUUCGUCUGCGUGGGUGUCGGCACCUGCUCCAUGUACCUCGCGGCCGUCGCGACGUGCGCCAAGAACUUUGGCAAGGGGAAACAUCGUGGACUGGCCCUAGCCGUACCCAUCGCCGCCUUCGGUUUGAGCGGCAUGUGGCUCAGUCAGUUGGGCAGUCACGUCUUCUACGAGCGCCUGCCGGACGGCUCGGCCGGAGACUUGGAUGUCUUCCACUUUUUCGUUUUCCUCGCUAUUCUCCUCUUGGUAGUCGGAGUGACUGGCGCUUUCACACUCAAGGUGGUUGACGAAGAAGAGAUCUUUGAGGAAGCAGUCGAGGAGCUCGAGCGGAGUGGUCUCUUGGAGCGCAGCACCUCUUUCCUGAGCGCCCGCAGCGUCGAGCGCAGCAGAGGCUACGGCGCGAUCGGACAGAUUGACGACGACGAAGAAGACGGCGGUGUCCUGGGGCAGGCGGAGGACGAUGCCAAACUUAGAAAGAAGCUCGUCCUCAACACCGAGACCAGAAGCUUCCUCACGGACAAGACCAUGUGGUGCUUCGCCGUGGGGUUCCUGUUGAUGAUUGGACCCGGCGAAGCCUUCAUCAACAAUCUCGGCACCGUGAUUGGAACCCUGUAUCCUCCCACCAUGCACUAUGUUGGACCUCCGACGUCGGCCGCGACACAUGUUUCCAUUGUUGGCAUUACGAGCACCAUUGCUCGUCUCGCCACCGGUACCUUGACCGAUCUUCUGGCGCCGUCGCCGCAGACGCAGCACUUGCAGGUUUCUUCUGCGCCGCCAUUCCUUCGCGGAAGACCUACCAUUUCUCGCGUCGCCUUCCUGCUCUUCUUCGCCAUCAUCCUAUCUCUGGGCCUGGUUGCCUUGGCUUCCGGCUUCAUCCAGGAACACGGCGAAAGAUUCUGGAUCGUUUCCGGCCUGAUCGGCUCCGGUUACGGUGCUGUUUUCAGUCUGACGCCCAUCAUCAUUACGGUCAUUUGGGGUGUCGAAAACUUCGCGACCAACUGGGGCAUCGUCGCCAUGUUCCCUGCCCUGGGAUCGACCUUUUGGGGACUGGUGUACUCGGCGAUAUACCAAUCUGGCGCUGAAAACUCUCCUCAACGUGGCGGCGGCGGGGACGUUUUCUGCUACGGCCGGCAGUGUUACGCGCCGACGUUUUGGGCCAUGGCCGUCACCGUUUGGGUGGCAUGUGGCAUGGUCCUCUUUGCCUGGAAGGGCAAGGGUGGAUGGGCGCAACGCGGCAUCGUCAUUUAA